AAAAAGAAAUUUUUAACAAAAGAUAAAAUAACUGAACAAGGUUUACACAUUAUUCAAAUAUUUAUUCAAAAUACUUUAUCAAAAAUUGAUGAUAUACAAGUUUUGGUAAAUAUUUCAAUUAUUUUUUAAAUUAGAUACUAAAAAAUUAUCAGUUUCAAUGAGAGUCAAGGGAACCUACCGUUUUCAUUACUCAAAAGGAUUCCUCCUAGAAAUUAGUAUUUUAUAUAGCGGAUGGGCUGAGUGAGCGGCGCUCACCUGGAUAAAACACUACUGGGAACGGUGAAUAAUAGAAAUAUUAAUGAAAAAAGAGUGAGAGCGUGGACCUCGUCUUCAUCCCACUUGAUAUUAUUUAAGAUGAAAUCAUUGUAAAAUUAAUCGUCUUUGAGAAACAUUAAAUUUAAUUGUUGAUUUAGAUAGAGAGACUUCAGAUCUAUAUUUCAAGAUAUAAUGCAUUUCCGUACCUUUUUUGGCUGACAAAUUAAAACUAUAACCUCAAAUAAACUCCCUUUAAAUACGUAUUGAAAUAUGUUCGAUAGGACUUUCUAAGACUAAGAUAGACAAAAUUUCUUUGAAAACUAUCAAAAGUAUAAUGAAAAUCUAGGUUCAAACAUUUGAGAUUCAUUCCGAUCUACUUACAGAUCAUUUUGUCAUAUAAAAAUAGAUUAGAAUCAUGCAUGAUAGGAUUAAUAACAAUGAAUAAUUCUUUAUUUAGACAUCUGGACAACUUUGGAGAGCAUUAAUUCUUCAUAAUUCAUUAUCCGAUAAAGAUACAAAUGAAGGUAAACUUACAGUUGGACAUGUAGCUAAAAUUUCACAACUUAUGGAAAAUUGUUUAUCAUCAUCAUCAAUAAUUGCGUUAACAAUUAUUGAAUUCAUAUCACAUGAUAUUACGUUUACAACAUCAUUUUGGUAUACAAUUCUUAAAGGAAAUUCUCAUUUAGAACUCUAUCUUCUUACUAUACGUAUUUCAUUUCUAUUAAUGUCUCCAACAAAUGAUUAUUCAGAUAAAUUUAUUGAAUUAUUAAAAACAAAUUUAUCAUCAUUUAAUUCAAAUAUACGUUUAUUAACACUUCGUAUACUUUCUUCAUUUAUUGAGGAUAAAAAUGAAAAAAAUAAUGUUAUAUUAACUUGUCUUUUAUGCGAAGAAUGUCCAUUAAAUGUUUAUGAAUUUCGUGCAAAAAUAAUUCAUUUACAAAAAUUAUCUGUUGAAUUUAUUUUAUUAAAUAAAAAUACAUCAUCAUUUCAUUUAGCAAUGUAUUAUCUUCUUGGUAUACUUUGUUCAAAUUUUACACCAUUAUGGUCAAUAUGUACUGAAUUACUUGGUUCAUAUGGUAAUAAAGCUAUUGAAUAUAUUGGCCAUACAUAUUUUUGGUCAAUACUUAAUGAAAAAUUUCAAUUAGUAAAUCAACAUAAUGAUAUAGAAAUUGUUGAAUCAAUCGAUGAUGAAUUAAUAAAUGAAUAUCUUGAAAAUGAAGUAAAAAGAGAAUAUGAAGUCAAUGAUCAAUCAAUUGAUUAUAUACAAUAUCGUA